AUGCACAAGCUGCCUGCUCGAGGCAUCUAUGCACCCACACUCACCUUCUUCAAUCCCGAUGAUGACUCCGUCGACAUUGAGACGACCGUUGCGCACGCUCUGCGUCUCGCCAGGGCAGGCUUGGCAGGUCUCGUCAUCAUGGGCUCCAACGGCGAGGCGCCUCUCAUUGAGCCCGAUGAGCGAAAAGCCAUCGUAUCAGCGAUACGGAGAGCGCUAAACGAAAGCGGGCUUGGCGCACUCCACCUCAUCGUUGGCACGGGAGCACAAUCUCUCAGACUGACAUUAAAGCAGACGCGGGACGCCGCACAGGCUGGUGCCGACUUUGCUCUCGUCCUUCCCCCCUCGUACUGGCCACCGGCAAUGACAAAACCCGUCCUCAGCGCCUUUUUUGACAAAGUGUGCCAGCAGUCACCCAUCCCCGUUCUUGCCUACAACUUCCCUCUCGUCGCAAGCGGCAUCAACUUUACUUCGGAUGAUCUCAUCGACAUAGCUAAGCGGCAGCCUAACUUGGUGGGCGCCAAACUGACGUGCGGCAAUCUCGGCACUGUCCAGCGUGUGUCGUCUGCACUUGGACCAGAGCGCUUCGCAGUGCUGGGCGGUCGCAGCGAGUUUGUCCUGCACGGCCUUGUCGGUGGCUCGCACGGCACGAUUGGCGCCCUCGUCAACGUCGCACCGGCCGCACACGUGGCCCUCUACCGCGCAUACACCAAGGGCGAUCUGAAGGCCGCCCAGGAAAUGCAGGCAAUCAUAUCUGCAGCUGAUGGAGACGUGUCCAAACUGGGCGUGGCGGGGCUCAAGGGGCUCGUCUGUGAGAUUGCAGGUUGGGGCAAAGACAAGGCUAGCGUGCGUAGUCCGCUGCUUGCUGCGAAGCUGCCACCUUCUGUCUUCGAGAAGGGUAGCAGUGUCUCGAGGCUACUCCAGCUCGAGGCCGAUGUGUCCAAGCCCUGA